GUGUUGUGCCGUGCGUAGCGCGUAGUGAGACGAGCAGUGCGUUAGCGUUUGUGCUGUCAUUGUGUGUGUACCUCUUGUUUUCCUCGUUUACGUUUUGCGUUUCAAUACCUUAUCGACGAUUGCUUUGUGCGACGUUAUCACCCGUUCUGAUUUCUGGUUAUUCGACCGUUCUCGUCGUUCCUCAGACCUUUUUCGAUUCGAUUUUCCACCAUGGCGCUUUUCUCCGAACGUCUCGUCGUAGGCGCGUCUACCGUGAUCGUAUUAUUGCGCGCCGCCGGCCAUUAUAUUCGUUGACAAACCGUAAGGCGGUGCUGCAACGAUCCAUAGUCCCAGUGACUCCUCGGAACCUCGAGUUAGACGUCAAGGUCAGUAUAAUUGUUCUUCCGACUUGUCAAUACCAACCCGUUUUGCUGUCAAAGCUCGACCGUGUCCGGUGCCUUUGUGCGUCACUGUGCCGUUGACGGGAAGACCUUUGGUCGAAAAGACGUUUCGCAUUUUCCCUUUAUACUCGUCCAUUUUUCUCUCGGGAAAUAUUCAAUAUUUGUGUAUUGCAUGUUUUUACAGAACAUGAUCGAUUCAAAAAGUCAUAUAUACAUGUUUUAUUAUUUGUCCUUUGUCAAAUAUCUCGCACAGUGAAUUCCUUUAAUAAUCGACUACCAAAUAGGUAAAUAAUAUUGUUGAUUCUAAUAUCUAAUGUCUACUAAACUACUCGUAACAAGUUUCAAAUACUUUUAAUACUUGGUAUGGUAACAAAGACUGAAGUAUUAUUAACUUUAAAUUUUAUUUAGUUAGGUGUCGGUAAUACAUAUUUUUAAAUUGAUUUCUUUCUUGUUAACUCAGUGAUUCAUGUAAUUUAUUGAAUAAGUACUUUAGUUAAUACAACACGUGUACUAAUUAACGUUUUGUAAAUAAUAUUGGCGGGUAAUAUUAAUUUGGUAAACCUUAUACCUAUGAUCUUAUAGUAUUAGUAUAAUAAUUGUUUGUAUUUUUUCUUUUAUGGUUAGGUAUUUCAAUGUAUCGUAUAUUUUGAUAACAUUGAUUACUUUUGGUAAUUAGGUUUUAUUAGCUACUCCAAACAUACCCAUUGUGUUAAAAACAGAUUAAACAUAGACAAUUAUUGUUAGUUUGAACUUUGCAAAACAACAAAAACAAGGUAAUGGAUAACAUACAAACUACUUAUUUCAUAAUGUAAAAAUGACAUUUUAUGUAUAAAAGAAAAGUGUAAUAUAAUAGUUGUUUAAUUUUUGUCAUAUAAUAUUUGGGUUGCUUUGAAAAAAAUUGUUUCAUUAUUAUUUUAAAUUACAAUAAAAAUACAAUCAUCAUACCUAUAACUAUAGGUACAUUUUUUUUAAAUUUGAAUGCACCUACAUAGUUAUAAUAAUGUUCUGAUUAUUUAAAAACCUCGCUAAAAUCAAAUUUAGGUAAGUUAUACAACAUUUAUUAGAAGACUAGAAUAUCUUUACUAGUUGUUGACUACCAUUUACUUAUUUACUGUUUAAAUAUACUUAAUUGCUACAAAUAAUUAUGUAUAUAAGUACAGUAGAAACCGUUUAUAAUGACAUCCAAGGAACUAGUUAAAAAUGUUAUUAUAGUAAAAAAUAAUUUUAAAAAUUGAUUAUGUAUAUGUAUAUUAUUUAUUUAUAUGAAUAUAAUAUUGUAUUACAACCAAUGUGCCAUAUUUUUAUCACUAAAUGUUUACGUAAAUACAUAGAUACAGGAGAAAUUGAAUGUAUACUUGUAUGCAAAGAUAAUAAUUAGUUAAUAAUUUCUAAUAUAAAACGAUUCUGAGCAGAGCCAGGCCAAAAGUAUAUGUUUUGAAAGUCUGUAAUAUUGAAAAUUUGCAAAUAAUACAUUUCGUACAUUUUCCCGGUUUUCCCCAUUUAUUAUGAAAACAAGGGGGAAAUCAAAAAAAUGACCUCUCUAAAGUACUACCCCAGUCAGAUUUCCUUUCAGUAAAACUAAUAUAUUUUAAAUCUGAGAAAAUUUCGGGAAGACAAGUUAUUCACUCGCUCUAUUCAGAAUCUAAAGUUGUUUCAUUAUUUUAAAAUUAAAUUACAUUAUAUUAAAAAAAAUAUGUUAUCUUAGUUUAUACCUUGUUUGUACAAAAACUAUGCAGUUAUUUCUAAUAAUCUAUCCAAAUUAGUAUAUAUAAUAGAGAAGUUUUACUAGACCCUUAUAUUUAAGAUCAUUAUAAACAGUGUCUACUGUAUUAUAAAUAUUGCUCUUUUAAAUUUGUCAGGCAUACCUAUCAAACAUAAAUAUCUAUAUUUAAAAAUGAGUUCUGAUAAAAUACUUGUGAUUGAUUUUUAAUUUGUCUUCAAUUGUUUAUUUAGUUGACCUUUGCUAUAUUUUAUAGAUUCUUUUAACCUUUGUAAAUUACGACGUCUUGGUUUUUGUUGUUGUUGACAAAUUAUAUACAUACCUACAAUUUUAAAGUUCUAUGUUAAGUUUGCAGUUUUUUCUUUGCAUAUUAUAUGUGUGUAUAUAUUGAUUCAAUAUUUAAAUUUGAUGUUUCUUAUUAACUAGGAACACUUAAUAUUUAUCUCAGAGAAAUUAUGUAUGUUAAUUAUAAAUUAGGUUUCAACGUAAUUCAGAAUGAAUAACAUUAAUUUUAUUAUUUCAGUAUCAAAUUAAAAGUAGUGUUCUUAUUAUAUUAUGUAUUAAUUUUGUGAGUUAUACUGGCUCUAAGAUUAUACUGGUAUACUAUUCAUUCGGUAACUACUGUAAUUUGGGUGAAUUCCGAAAUAUAUUAUUACCGUAGUUUUGUUGAUCACAUUUAAACUGAUAACUACAGUAGUUUUGGCAAACUGAUAAAGGUGUUGUUUGUCAUUGUAUUUUGUUUAGACAGUAUAUCUAGUUCUUGUCUAGAAUUUUCUAGUUAUUCAUUAAAUUUAAUAAAAUUGUUUAGAUAAAACGAUUUCAUAAGUCAUUAAGCCCCUUACCGCAGUGUGAAAUAGUCAAAUAUUUUAAACUAUUUUUUUAUUUUAUAGUAUCCUGAUACGAUUUAUAGGAUCACGACACCAGUGUAAUAGUUUCUUCACAACUAUAGUUUUGGAGUUUCAGUAACUACUGAUAAACCAAUAACUACAAAGAAGAUAAUUCAGAAUAAUUAAUGAAAGGAAUUAAUACUGAAUUAUAAGUUAUAAAUAUUAGUACGUCCAUUUUAAUUUUAUAAUACACAAAAUAAAUUAUUGUACUCUGUACUUUGCCUAUAAUAUUUUAUAAACAAGGAUAAGUUAGGGCGGUCCUCCAACUGUUCAAGACUGUGGUCUAGUUCUGUAUGUCUUGAUCCAUUUUACAUACUAUGUAUCUAUAUACCAUCUAGUAAACAAGAUAUGAUACCAAUCUGUAAUUUUUGAACUCCUCUUUUAAUAAAAGGUAUUUAUCGAAAAAUACCAGUAAACAAAAAAAAAAACUUAUGUCAACACAUACCGAAUACUGAUGAGUCAAUUCUAUAUACCACCAGCUUUAAGUUAUCUAGUUUUUAUUUUUAAAAAAUCCUAUAUUUAAGUAGCAUUUAGUAAAAAUAGCAUUUUAGAUUUUUCCCCGAGUAAUACUAUUAAAUCUAACCAGUGUCAUACCUAGCCAAAAUCAUUUUAAUAGUGUCCAAAUUUGAUAGAAUAUUAAACAUCUUACAAUAUUCACCUGCCUUACUUAUUAUUACUAAUCUAAUAUAUUUCAUAUUUAAUUGCUUAAACAACUUCAUACAUUACUUUUCAAAUGUGAAAGUACAAAUUGUAUAAAUAAAAAUAUAUGAGUUUAUUAUUUGUAACAAAAUUUAUAUUUUUAUUUUUAUCAUGUAAGUAAACUAUUUAAUAUAUGUUAUCUUUAAAAUUGAAUCAAUGUUUUAAGUAAUUUUGUAAAUUAUUUCUUAAACAAAUACUUUUUAUUUUUAUUAUAAUACAUUGCAUAAUAGUAAGACGUUAUCUAUUAUAUUAUUUUAAAUGAAUAAAUGAGCAUGUGUCCUUACUACAAGAUAGUGUAAACAUAAAUUAACUUAACAUAGUACGACAAACAGCAGAUGAAGAUAACAAUAAAAUUAUUACAUUUGGUUACAAUAAAUUAUUUCAAUAUUACACUGAACAUUAAUGAACAUAAUGGUUUUAAAUAUUUUGAUUUUGAACUAAAUAAGUAUUUGCACUAUAAAUUUGUUUUAUUCUUUAAUAUUAGUAGAUUGAAAAAAAAAUUGUUUAAAUCAACAGAUAUUGAGAUAAUAUUUUCCAUUUUAUCACUUCUUUAUAAAUUAAACUUGCUAUUACUAUGAAAUUAUUCAUCGGAUAUGUAAGAUUUUUAUAGUAAUAUCUUUUAAGAUGUAGUUAUUUUAAAUAUUGAACAAAUAUAAAAUUAUUUAUUUCUAGUGAUUAAGGUAUGAAAAUUAAAAUGUCCCCUCACACAAAAUCUAAUCAAAGUAAAAGUUAAAUAUUAAUGAUAUUUAAUCAGAAAAACACGAUAAAAAUUAUUAUACCUAUAAGUAGUAAAUAAAAACCAUUUUAUUUUCUUCCGGUUUGUUAUGUUAUUGGCGUUAAUAAUUUAUAUAAAAACACUUUUAUGUUGAUUUAUAAUUCUUUUUAAUUUACUAGAAAAUUUAAGAAAAAAAAAAAAAUCAAGUAAGUUUACCACAGAAUUUGAUAUAAUAUUUUGGUUUAGUUCCUUCUGUCAAUUUAAUUAAAACCUAUUGGUUAUAUUAUGCUACAUAUAUAACUUAUUGUUGCUUUUAAUCUAACGACAAUUUAAAUUAAUAUCAAUGAAAGGAAUAUGGAAUAAAAAUGUUAAUCAUUCAUAGAAAUGUUGUCAUAUACUGUUUUUAAAAAAUGCCAAUCUAAAAAUAUAGUUCCACGUUUUUUUAUUAAAAAUUUAAAAUGUUUAUAUAAUAAUUGCACAUCUAACAUCUAAUAAUAAUUUUAAUAUAAUAACUGAUGAAAAAUAUUUUAUUUACUACCUAGUUAAUCAUAUUUUUACAUAAAUUAUCCUAUUUUAUUAAUGAACACUGAAUACUGAGUGAUAACUAAUAAUAUAUAAUUUUAACAUUAUUUUUCAAAAUAUCAAAUCAUGUGAUUGAAAAUUCUUAGUUGUAGUAGUAUUGGUGGUUAAAUUGGAUAACUGAAUGAUACAUGGAUUUAUUAACUACAUAUUUAUUUAAAUAUUAAAUUAAGUAAGAUACUAAUUCUUUACAUGGCCAAUAAAUAAUAUAAUACAAACAUAUAAGCUGAAAAAUUGAAUAUAAAUAAUAUCAAUAUUAUUGUAUUUAAUUAAUUAUUUAUUUAUUUAUUAAUAAUGUGUACGGGCAUUGGACAAAUAUUAACAUAUAGAGUGUCCCACGGAAAUAUACCUAUUGUAAUAUCUCUGGAGAUAAAAAAGAUAAUCAAAUUCUGUUUUCUUUUUAUAUAUAUAUAUUACUCUCAGGGAUAAAGACUACAAAUUUAUAUUUGAAUUCAAUUUUUAUUUUUUGGUAAAAUAAUAACUUUAUUUUAUUAUUUUUAAAAGCCAUUUUUUAGAGUGUAUGUAUUCUUCUGAAAAUUUUGGGCAUUGCAAAUUUUUAUUUUCAUUAAAUUUGUGAUUUUUAAUAAUUGUUUAAAGCCCAGAGAAAAGAACUCUUUAUUUUUAUUAUCUCUGGAGAUAUUACAAUGGGUAUGGGUUUACCUUCUUGGGACGCCCAUUAUAUUUGUAGCACAAAUCUUAUUUUAUUCAAUUUCCACUGUAUUUUUAUAUUUUAAUUUUGUUCACACUUUUUUUUUUUUAGUUGAAUAUCAGAUGUUGUAUAUUUACUGUCAAUCAUGUUAAGAAAGGCAAAGGCAUUUAUUGCCUUAAUUGCCUUAAUUGCCUUAACAGCCUUAAUGACUACAGUAAGGUGUGAUAUUUAUGUAUACACCAGAUUCAGGGAUCAGAUGGUAGGAGAGCUUAAAGAUACUGCAUCUGAUUUUGGAAGAGAUAUUCCAAUUGAUGGCAUUAAAGUAUUUUAACUUUUGAUUAAAAAUAUCUUAAUAUGUAAAUUAAUAUUUUAAUUUAAUAUCGUUAAAGGGUUCUGUUAUAAGUGCUAUUCCUGAAGAUGGUUGCAACCAAAUACUUCCGCCACCUAAAGUAUUGGGAAUUAGAAGUUGGAUUGUAUUGAUCAAAAGAGGAAAUUGUAAUUUUGAUGUAAAAGUCCGUAAUGCCCAAAAGAGUAAUUAUACAUUGGCCAUUAUAUACAACAACUCUACUGAAACUUGUAAGUAAUUGGAUUUUCUUGGAUUUUUCUAUAUUAUUUUUAUCAAUAUAAUUAAAUUUAUAUGAAAUAGUUCUGAGCUUUCUAUCUAUAGUUAUUCAUUUAAAAUAUAUAUAUAAUAUACAAGAUAUUUUAUUGAUACCUACUACAUUAUUAAGACUUAAGAUAUUUUGUAUUAUUAAUUUUAUUCAAUUUCCUAGUUAAAUUAUAACUGAGGCAUAUGUAUGGUAAUAAACUGCACACUAUUAUAUUAUCCCAUCAGGCAAAUAAUCAAAUUUUGAAAUUUCAACAUUUAUUUUGACAUUCAAAAUGUCUAUUAUUACAUUAAAAGUGUAAAAUAACGCCCAAUAAUUUAUUUAUUUAAUUAAAGCCAGUUCGGCAGUUACAUAGUUUAGUAAAAUUGAACAGUUACUACAAUUUUAACAAAUGAAUCAUAACAAUAUAAUGAGAACAAAAAAAAAAUAGAUAAUGAUAUUAUUAGUGAUAUUAUUAUGAUACAUAUUAGUAGCAAGUUAUAGUGCAAAUGUGGCUAAUAAAUCUGAGGUAGGGGUUAAAGAGAGUUAUGUAGAUGUAGCAUUGUGUGAAUCGAAUAGUUGUGGUUUUAAUUUGUACGGUGAGAAGAGAUGUGGAACAAUGAGUGGUCUCUUGUUGAAUAAACAGGGACACAAAAAGAAAUAGAUCAGGGUCAUCAAUUAAAUUAUUAAAAAAAAAAAAGAGGAGAUAAAAUUAAAAAUUAGUUAAUUGAAGAGUAGUCAUGAGGUGGGUUGAGAACAAAAGCAGCGUGUGAAAGAAAUCGGUUGAAUCCACUCAAUACAAAGUUGGCCUCUUGGCUAAAAAAAGAUACCACACAGCUUUACCAUAGUCUUAGACCAAAGAAAAACACUUUCUACUAAAAGUCAUAAUAUUUAAUAAGAUUAAGAGAUAGACCUACACACUGGGUCCACCCACAAAAAUAGUCGAGAUCAGAUUGUAGUUGAAGUCAGUCAGAAGGAGAAGAUAUUUUAAGAAUAAUUCAAUCAUUAAAAUUACUCCUAAUGGCUAGUGUAAACAAUUUUAUAUAUAUUUAUAUAUGUAUAUAAUAUUAUGGAUAUUCUAUAACUGUUAUUUUAGUGGUUACAAUUGAAUUGUAAAUUUUAUAAUUUGUAUAAUUGAUAACUUAUUUGUAAAUUAGGGCGAAUGGGUGGUUCCAAUACUAGUGAUAUAUUCAUUCCAUCAGUUAUGGUUGGAAUACAAAAUGGUCUAAUGUUGAAGGAUUCCUAUGAUUAUCAAAACGGGUAAUGGUUAUAUAGUUAAAAUAAGUUUGAAAAAAAUAAAUCAGUAUUUUCACUUUAAUAUUAUAAUUACUAAAUAAUAAUAGUAUUUUUAUUAUUGCUAUUUUUUUUAGCUACUUUGUGGUCGUAGACAACAAUUCAUUCCCAUUUGAUAUAAACUUGAAUUUAUUGUUUCCAUUUGCUGUAAUUGUGGCAGUAUGUUUCUUCGCAAUGCUUGGGUUUAUGGUAAUAUAUUUUAUGUAUUAAAAUGAAUACAUAAAUUAAAUUACAAGAGUACAAUAAAAAAAUUCUCUAUUAAAAAUCUAUAAUAAUCAUAUUUUACUACUCUUUACUUCCUAUUUCAUCAUUUGGUUAUUAUAUUUUAAACUAUAAAAAACAUUAGUAGGAUAUGUAAAAUGGAGUCAUUGUAAAUAAAAUACUAAUUUAAAUGGAAUCUAAAUUUAAAUCAAAUUCAAACAAAAGUUCUUGCAAUGCCUAUUUAUUUAUUUCUAUAUUUUGCAUGCAAAAUUUUGGGAUUUAAGAAAAUUUUUUUAUUUUUUUAGAUAUUGAAGUUAAUGUUAUCUUGUAAUUUUGUUUUUCUAUGAUGAUAAUAAACUAAGUAUUUAUUUAUUGAAGUAUAUAGUUUUGUUAAUAAAAGUUCAAUGCCUGUUUUCAGAUUCCUGAUUACAUAAACUGAAAAAUAUAUUAACAAUUUUUUUAGAUACUUAAUGAAAAUACAUAUUUUUUAAAAAAAAAUUUGAAAGGACAUUCAAAAAUAUUAUAUUCAAAAAAAGAAAACCUUAUGAUUAUACUAAAUAUUUACUAAUAAAAGUAUGAAUAUUUUCCAGCUAGUCAAAUGGAUAAAAGAUAGAAGGAGAGCAUUUAGACAUCGCUUGCCUGCAUCCACUCUUCGCAAAAUUCCAAUUUCAACAUUUGUGAAAGGCGAUCCAUAUGAUACAUGUGCCAUAUGUUUAGAUGAUUAUAUGGAAGGAGAAAAAUUACGUAUUUUACCUUGUGCCCAUGGUAAAUAUUAUAUUUCUUUGUUUUUUGUGGUUAUCUGUAAUACAAUUAAUUAAAAAAUAUAUUUGUAGCUUAUCAUUGUAAAUGUAUUGAUCCGUGGUUAACACGAAAUCGACGUUUUUGUCCUAUUUGUAAACGUCGAGUUUAUGGCAACAAUGACGAUUUACACGCUGUAGCAUAUUCCUCUGAUACUGAUAGUGAUGAACCAAAUGAUAGAACGCCAUUAGUUUCAUCUCGUAUUAACAACUCAAAUACAUUGGGUGUUGGUACAUUCCGCAGUUUCAGAGUUAGUAAAUUUUAAUUAAUUUACUUUGUUUCAUUUAUCUAAGUCUGUGUUUUUGUAGGGACGUGUGUUUGCUCGAGGUAGGGCUUCAAACACAGUUCCUGUGCAUCCACCAGUUCUGUCAUCGAUAAAUGUGGCAAAUACAGACUAUGAUACAGUGUCAUCCCAAACAGAUUCUUUAGACUCUAUGUUAUCAGAUUAUCAAAAUCUAUACGAUCCACCAGAAUCGAGGUUAUCAGGCUUUGAAAAUCUACCAGUGAGAGGUAAAUUUAAUGAAAUUGAAUCCAUUUAAACGUAUUAUGUACUAAAUAUUUAUUUUUAUUUCAGAUUCCAGGGACAUUAUAUCUGAAGAACUUGGUAACAACACAGAAUCAACUAGAACAACUGUGCAAAAUCAUAUUGUUUAAUCAGCUAAUAAAAGCUUAAAAAAUGAAUGCUGGUUUUUUUAAAUUUUAUUUUAUUUUUAAUUGACUUUUAAAUAAUCACAACUUGAAAUUUAUUUUUUAAUAAAAAUAUUAUUUUCUUAUAUUUUAUUUAUUCACUAUAAAAGUAACUUAGGGUUUAUUCAGAUAAAAAAAAUAAAUCAAACAGACAAAUUAUUAAUUUCAAACAAUAACCAAACCAGUUAAUUAAAUAUAAUUUGUAACUAUUGUGAACAUUGAUUAUAAUAGUUCAAAAAGUAACAUGUGAUAAUUGUUAUAGUUUGUAACAAUACAGAUUUUUAUUAUUAGCAUUGCCAACACUAUACAACUGUACAAUUUUUAAUUUUAAAAUCUAAUUUUAUCAUUUAACGUUCUUUGAUAAAUUAAUAAUAUCAAACAAUAUAUAUUGUGUAGAUUAUUAUUAAUCCUACAUUUACUUAUUAUGAUAUGUGUAUUUUUAUAUUUUUCUUUAUGGUAUUUUAAAUAUGUUUGUUAAAGUAUCUGUAAGAAAAAUAAUAUUCUGUAUAAUAAUAUUAUAUUUGCGUUAAAAUAGUUUAUAAUGUACCAGCAAGAAUGUUAUAUAACUUAUAUGAUUAUGUUUUUUCGUAUU